AACAAUAGACAUUACACAAGAAUCUCAGGCACAUAUCCGUCGUUCCGUAUUUAUUAUAUUUCCCACUUCGCAGUUCUGCACGAGGUUUGGCUGUUCCCGGUUUACGUGGGAAGAUUAGCGUUUCAUUCGCUCGGCAUUUGAAUUUGUGGACGGCUAGAUAGGCAUAAAGAGACGAAUGGGAGCAGUCAAGAUCUGGAACGAAAUGGAGGUCGCCGAGGAAUUUUCAGAGAAGAACUGCAGCACCGAAAUCAAAUCCUCGUCCCUCACCGUCGACACCUCUCUUUCACUGCCUGAUAUGACUCCUCGCGUCAUAAAUUUGUGCAAGGAUCUGUUCAAGAAGUGGUCAAAAUUGGAUGAUUCACGCUUCUCUGUGCAAACUGUUUCUGGAGGCAUCACAAAUUUAUUGCUCAAGGUAACUGUCAGAGCAGAUGAUGGAAAUGAAGAUUCUGUAACUGUGAGAUUAUACGGACCUAACACUGAUUAUGUCAUUGAUCGUGAGCGGGAGUUGCAGGCUAUCAAGUAUCUCUCAGCUGCAGGAUUCGGUGCCAAGUUGCUAGGAGUAUUUGGAAAUGGAAUGGUGCAGUCCUUCAUCAUUGCACGCACGCUAGAACCAUCAGACAUGAGAGAGCCAAAGCUGUCUGCUGAAAUCGCCCGACAGCUACAUGAAUUUCAUCAAGUUGAAGUUCCUGGUUCUAAAGAACCUCAAUUGUGGAAUGACAUCUUCAAGUUCUUUAAGAAUGCGUCCAAACUUAAAUUUGAUGAUGAUGAUGAGAAGCAGGAGAAAUAUCAGAAAAUUUCAUUUAAGGAAGUUCAUAAUGAGAUUCUUGAACUCGAGGAAUUGACAGGCCGCGUUAAUUCUCCAGUGGUUUUUGCGCACAAUGACUUGCUUUCUGGGAACAUAAUGGUCAAUGAUGAUGAAGGAAAACUCUACUUCAUUGAUUUCGAGUAUGGUUCAUACAAUUACCGGGGUUAUGACAUUGGAAAUCACUUCAAUGAAUAUGGAGGCUAUGAUUGUGACUAUAGUUUAUACCCAAACAAGGAUGAGCAAUAUCAUUUCAUUAGGCAUUAUUUACAACCUGACAAACCUCAUGAGGUAUCUGAAAAAGAUAUUGAAGCUCUCUAUCUUGAGGCCAACGUAUUCAUGUUAUCUUCGCACAUAUAUUGGGCUUUGUGGGCUCUAAUCCAGGCAAAGAUGUCUCCAAUCAAUUUCGAUUAUCUUGGUUACUUUUUCCUGAGAUACAAUGAAUACAAAAAGCAGAAAGGAAGAUGGGUCUCAUUGGCACGAUCUUGCCUUUCAGGAAAGUGAAGUGAGUAAUACUGUUUGCACGUUGCAUUUGUUUCAAAACAGAAAGGAAGAUGCUUAUCACAGGCACGAUUAUGCCUUUCAGGAAAGGGAAGUUGAGUAAUACUGUUGUUUUUACACAUUGCAUCGGUCUUCUGUAAUUUGUUACUAGGGAGAGGUCCUUGGCCCUCGGGUCCGAUAUUCUUGUAAACUAUUCUUUUCGUAGUCUCUUGCUAGCUAUUAUAAGCACGUAGAGAGAAACGGAGAUUUAGAGACCUGCAUAUGUUCUGUUGUAACUUUUGUCAAUACGUGUACUAAUCGUGUUGUGUACUUCUGUGAUUCUCAAUGUUGAAUGGUUAAGUUGAAAAAUAAACUGUGUUUUAGAACUUGAAA